ACAUCACCUUCAAUGACAGUUUGUAUAUGUGACAGAAAAUGUAAAAUCUAAAGUACUUUUGUCUGAAAAAAAUUCACAAAAAUACCACACAAAAUGGAUUAGCAUACUAUACUACUACAAUAUCUCGAAACAAAACCCACAUAAUGGAUCUGAGCUCAUCCGUUCUCGGUUGCGUACUCCUCCUUCAGAUGUCUGUGAUCCUGGUAAUGCUUAACCCUGCAUACGAUUUACGAAAAAUCAGAUCUUUAUUUUUCACAUCUUCUAGAAUCUGUUCUCUAACAAUCAUCAGUUAUUUCACCCUAGUUGUAUAUCUCGGCAUGUACGUACCGUUAUUGAACAUAUCAAAACUAAUAUCAAACGAGAUUACCUGUGAGUACGAAAAGUUGACGAUAUUGGGUCGGAUCGAGAAAAACUACAUAAUCGCCGGAUUCUCCCUUUUCCUGUUUAUCGUCAUGUAUGGAGUUCGGGCUUUAGAUAUAUAUGCCACACGAAUCGCUCAAAUGUUAGUGAAUACAAAUGACACAGUUUUUUCGCAACCUUUGGUGAGGGAGAAAAGAAGCCAAAGAUUGGCACCGCUUUCACAGGAAAGUAUCUUGCCAAAGUUACUAAAAAUGAAAAGGUCAGUUUCAUAUGAGACGAUUUUAUUUGCAAAAGAAUUCCGCGCACUGAAGGCAAUAAUAAAAAACGCUAGAAAAGAUUCGCAGGACAAAAACUGAAUAGUAAUAUUACAAUAUUGUGUUUUGAAUUGUGAAACUAUAGUAUAUAAGGAUUACGAAGAAUUUGGGAACUCUUUGGAAUUACAAGGAGCAAGGGCGACGGAAAAUAUUCGAAGAGACAAGGCUAUUAAAAUAAAAUGCUACAUUGCAAAGGGAGAAACGUCAAGUUGGAAUGUCGGGUGUGGAGGGAGGAUGGGAAAUCGAGUUACAUAAGUGUAUUCCACUAGAAUAUAGGCGAUAGGGCAAAAUGUGUGAGAGAACUUCUGGCAGUCACAUAAAUUAUAGGUCUUCUUUAUUCUUGUAUAUUAUUAGCUGAAACUUUGUUCACGAUUCAAAAUAAUGCACAUACAAAUUAUAUAUAACCAAACAAGCAUCAUAAAGAAUAACUUUUCUCGAAAAUAAUUAUUUAAA